GCCGAGUCGCUGGCAGCCAGCCUCGCCCCGCAGCAGCGCGCCCCCGGCCCGCCCGCCCGCGCCCAGCGCCCAGCUCCCGUCGGCGGCGAGCGACUCCCUGCCGAGGGCCGGGCUACGGGGGUGCUCGGGGGCCGGCGGCCGGCGCGGGGUCGGGAGCCGCGGAGGCGGCUCGGGAAGCAGCCAUGUUGGAGGGGGGGGUCAAGUGACUCUCGGCGGGGAGGGGAAGCGGCCGGGGCGCCGCAGCGCCUGGGCGGAGGAAGCGGCUCUCGGGGCGGCGGAGCGAGCGGGGCUCGGCUCCCGGAGGCGGCUGCGUCCGGCCGCGGCUGCCGCGCUUAGGAGGGGGAGGAACCGCCCCCUCCCCCACUCCGGACCAGCGGAGACCCGGCGCGGCUGGCUUCCUUAAGCCAGACUGAUCAUUGAUAGAAUGAAAAAAUUUAAGAGGAGACUUUCCCUAACCUUGCGUGGAAGCCAGACCAUUGAUGAGUCACUGUCUGAGCUGGCAGAACAAAUGACAAUUGAAGAAAACAGCAGCAAAGAUAACGAGCCUAUUGUGAAGAAUGGCAGGCCUCCGACGUCUCACAGUAUGCACUCAUUUCUUCACCAAUACACGGGAUCUUUCAAGAAGCCCCCUUUACGGAGACCACAUAGCGUUAUAGGAGGCAGCCUUGGCUCUUUCAUGGCAAUGCCUAGGAAUGGAAGCAGAUUAGAUAUAGUACAUGAAAAUCUGAAAAUGGGAUCAGAUGGUGAAAGUGACCAAGCUUCUGGAACAUCGUCUGAUGAAGUUCAAUCUCCUACAGGUGUUUGCCUCAGGAACCGGAUACACAGACGGAUCUCUAUGGAGGAUCUGAACAAGCGCUUGUCACUGCCUGCAGACAUCAGGAUACCUGAUGGAUAUCUAGAAAAGCUGCAGAUAAACAGUCCACCAUUUGAUCAACCGAUGAGUCGACGUUCUCGUAGAGCAUCGCUAUCAGAAAUUGGAUUUGGGAAAAUGGAAACUUACAUCAAAUUGGAAAAGCUUGGAGAGGGUACUUAUGCAACAGUAUAUAAGGGAAGAAGUAAAUUGACAGAGAACCUGGUAGCUCUAAAAGAAAUCCGACUGGAACAUGAAGAGGGGGCACCAUGCACAGCCAUAAGAGAAGUGUCAUUAUUAAAAGACCUAAAGCAUGCAAAUAUUGUUACUUUACAUGAUAUUGUUCACACAGACAAAUCUUUGACUCUCGUCUUUGAGUACCUGGACAAGGACCUAAAACAGUACAUGGAUGACUGUGGUAACAUCAUGAGUAUGCACAAUGUAAAGCUAUUUUUAUACCAGAUUCUGCGUGGUUUGGCCUAUUGUCAUAGGAGGAAGGUGCUACAUCGAGACCUGAAGCCACAAAAUCUACUCAUUAAUGAGAAAGGAGAACUAAAGUUAGCAGAUUUUGGUUUGGCUAGAGCGAAGUCUGUUCCUACAAAGACUUACUCCAAUGAAGUAGUCACAUUAUGGUACAGGCCACCUGAUGUUCUCCUAGGAUCUUCCGAAUAUUCAACUCAAAUUGACAUGUGGGGUGUUGGAUGCAUAUUUUUCGAAAUGGCAUCUGGAAGACCUCUCUUUCCUGGUUCAACUGUUGAAGAUGAACUGCACUUAAUUUUCAGACUUUUGGGAACUCCUUCUCAAGAAACAUGGCCAGGCAUUUCUUCCAAUGAUGAAUUUAGGAACUACAACUUUCCCAAAUACAAACCACAGCCUCUAAUCAACCAUGCACCAAGGCUGGACUCCGAAGGAAUUGAAUUGAUAGCAAAGUUUCUUCAGUAUGAAUCUAAGAAAAGAGUUUCGGCAGAAGAGGCCAUGAAACACGCAUACUUCAGAAGUCUAGGAACAAGGAUACAUGCUUUGCCUGAAAGUGUCUCAAUAUUCAGUCUGAAAGAGAUUCAGUUGCAGAAAGACCCUGGUUUUCGAAAUUCCUCGUACCCCGAGACAGCACAUGGGAAGAACAGAAGGCAGAGCAUGCUUUUCUAAGGUGGUAAUGCAGUUUCAAGCCCAAGAGUAUCUCAUCAAUCAAGGACUCAGAACUGAAGUUUCUUUCGGUGGACUUGGAAUCUCAGUUUGUCUACACGGUCCUCUUCGCAGUGGAGUCUUUUUAUUUCCAACAUGCAGAUUAUGUUUUUAUAUUUGUUGUCACAGUGUGACAAUUUUUUGUAUAGUUGGUUUUAAGGUCUCCUCUGCCAUUAGAGCCAGUAGGUUACAGCUGUUGAUGUAACUGUAGCUGCAAUUUUUGUGCAGAACUGAGAAACACAGUGCAUUAUUUAUUGCGGAAUCAUUGCUGCUAAAUAACUACUGUCUGUAUAGUUAACACAACAGUUGAAUGCCUAAAAAAUUUGCAAUGGCUUUAGAAUAUGUGAAUGCAUCUGUUUCUCUUCAUAAACUGUUUUAUUGCUGCAGAUUUGUAUUUUUUAAACUGCAGUGUUUCCUGGAAUGUAAACAUAGCUUUGCUUGACUAUAGGUGAAUCAUCUUUAACGCUCUAAGUUCAUAGCACUUAAUUCCUUAUUUAACAUUGGCAAUACAGUAUAUGAAAUAUUAUAAAGUACAUUCGUUUUAAGAGAGUUGAUUCAAACAAGUGAAUGGUUAUCUAUUAUUUGCUCUCAGAUCUUAUAUCAGUUACAGGUAAAGGAGAUGGGAUGAUAAAUUUUGUCAGGAUUUACUCUGAUUGAAGAUACUUGCACGUUAUUGUGCGUAUGGCUCCUCCUGAUGCAAUGACUUCUUUACCUGGUUUUUAACCUAGUUAGAAAUAUAAAUAGUAAAAAGAUCAUUCACGUACAUUAUGCCCUGUUUUUCUUUUGAAACUAUCUUUGUCUUUACAAGAGAACAGGAUGACUAAUUACAAGAGAAUGGGAAUAAUGUCCCAUUCCCCCCCCCCUUUUGUUGCUCCCUCUUUACAACAUUAUUCACUUGAAAUCAACUGGAAAGAUGCAAGUACAUACUUGAUAAGAACUCACUAUAUACUGCAGACAUUUGAAAACAUGGGAACUUAGAGGUUUUUUUAAGAUCUUAGAUGUUAUCUGUUUACCAGAGAUAGUAAACAUGUUACUACUAUGCUUAUGUAUCUCAGUGAGUAUCAUAAGUACACCGUUGGUAAUGGUAACAGUAUUUUUAAGCAUUUGUGUUCACCUUUAUGAACCUAUUUGUUUAGUGCAUCUUAAAGAGACUGUAAAUCUUUAUUGGUAUAUUUUGAAAUGGUCAUGUAAAUCUUUGGCUGGUAUAUCAUGAAUAUAGUCAUAGAUAACUUAAUUUUUUCCUGACAUUCACUGUAAAACAUUCAGGGGUCCUACCAUUUCGGUUCAGGAAAUCUUGUAGUUUAUUGUUAUUUAACAGUAUUAAGUGAAUUUUUGUAUAUUUCAUUUUAACUUUAUUUGUGAAUAGUGAUUGUGGCAUGUUUGGGAGCAUUUUAUUAAUAUUUCUUGAUACUGGUAAAUUUAAUUAUUUUUUUUUUAAUUUUCUGGAAGAGACAAACUCAUGUGUAAUGGUGAAUAUUGGACCACUACUGCUUUUCAGCAUUUGUAAACUGGUUUUAUGUUAAAGAAACCCUUUAGGCCUAACAAACUGCUGUUAUUUCUAACUGACAGACCUGUAUUAAUAUUGUACUUUUGAAAGUAUAAAUAUUAUAUGGAAUUCCUUGAUUUUGUUUUGAAGUUUAUAAUUACAAAGGCUCUGUGUUGUUAAAAUAUGGAUUUGGUGAACUGCAGUUUUUUGGGGGAGGAGUUAGUACAUUUUUAGCCAGCUCCAUACUAGCAGGACUGAUUGAUUCUAAACUUAGCUUAUCACUAACUCUCAUAACAUUGAAGCAAUAGCAGUGGCAUCAGCCAGACUCUUCAAUCCUAGAAGGGAUUUUACAAGGCAAAAUGGUCUCAUUGUAAUUACCGAGUGCCCAAUUCUUCAGUUAAAGCAAACAUCCCACAGAUGUCAGGUAGGCGUUUUGCCUAAGACUCAGGGUCCAGUGCAUAUAUGUGCCUUCCAUUGAUAUCAGUGGGAGAGCUCUACAUACAUCCAAGGGCAGAAUUUGCCUGCGAGGAAGAACUGAAAAGAUUGUCCCUAGAUAACUUAUAUUUUUGUACAUUCAGUAUUGAAAUCUGAUAUAGACUGCAAUGUAUUAGAAACUUUGCAGGAAAAAAGACAAGUGUCAUAUAUCUCCUAAGAUAGAUAUCAGAAGAAACUAUCUAGUUGUGUACAUACGAAAUAAACAAAAUUUGGAAUAAUGCUCAUUGUGGAGACAGUAAGAAUUAACAUUAAUAAGACUCUAACAUUUUAAUUAUGCAUAGAUUACAAUCAUAAGACUAAUAAGUCAAAAUUUGGCAUUCUUUAAUGAUGCAAGGGUAAGAACUUUUUAUCAGUAAAAUGUUUAUAUAACUAAGUUUGGAAGCUUCUUGUGGAGUCACAGCUGGCACCUCCAUAAUUAAGGAUGAGUCAGUUUCCACUCAAAGCAGGAAUUCAGUCUCUUGCUUAUGUAUGAAAAAUACUGUGUAUCCUCCAUAAAAUCACUGCAGUUACUUAGAGUAGAGAACAAUUUUUCUGAGAAUUUAGAGUGAAUCCAUUAAAUAUUUUAGGAGUAAAAAACAGGUUCUUUAAGAAAUUUAGUAUUUGGUGUCAAACUUUUUUUAUUUUUUGGCCCAAAUGAUGUUAAUAACAAAAUGAUUCAGAUUCUUUAAGUUGUCCAUAUAGUUUAAACUCACUGACAUACUAUGCAUAGGCUAGAUUUGAAGGGUUUUAUUUAGAGUUAAUAGGUAUUUUUUCCUGUUCUUCAAUAUUAAAAUUGCUGCUUAAGCAGGAGCUGAAGAAUGUUGUGGUAUAGAGAAUUCCAUGGAAGAACUGCCUGUUUUUCAGAAUGGCUGCCAUCUCCAAUUGUGCUUGAUGGGAUUGAAGCCAGAGGCUCCCCCAGGUGGCCAUUUUGAAAAGGGCAUUUCUUUUUCAUUGUUCUCAAUGGGACUUUUGUUCAUCUUUGCCCUUUGGCAGCCUACGGCACCACCAUCUUCAUAAGAGCAUCUUGGCUUCAUGCUCUUUAAGAACAAUGGGAGAAGAAGGCCAUUUUGAAAGAGGGCAGUUUUUCAUGAGUUUCUCUGAGAUUUUAUGCACCAGCCUCUGCUGCAAGAUGAAUUUUCAGUUAUGAAAAAAUGGCCAUUAAUUAUAAAUAUUUAUUUUCAAAAGCAACCUGUCUGCUCAACAGAGAAGGGGUGCAUGUUUUGGGGCACGUGCAGAGAAAGGUGAGAUUUAUGACAUAGGGGAAAAUGUACGUGUGUAUGUGUGCGCGCGGACGUUAGAAUGUAGAGAGACCUGGAGAGUGCAGGGGAUAAGAGGGGGAGGAGAAUUUGGGAUGUAUGAGCUGGGAAACACAGGGAGGUGCAGAAAGGGAAUUUGCAAGACAGGAAGGGUACAGUUCAGCUACUUUGCACUGCUCUAGUGAAACAAUGCAUUUGUAAAUCCAAUUUAACUGGCCAGUAUACUUUGGCUGCUUUGUUCUGCUCUACAGUGGCAUAAAGCAGCCAGGGUUUCUUUUUGAAUUGGCCUAUAGAAGUUAAAAAUUAAAAUUGUAUUUAAAGUAUUGACAUACUCCACAACUACAGAUCAUUAGACACAUGAUGGCAACCUUUUUGAGUUUCUUAUUUAGAAUUUAUGUAUGAAAGUUGUAAUUUAAAAAAAAAAAUAAAACAGAAAAUUCCCAGACAAAAAAAAUGUUAAGAUAGAGUUAAGAGUGAGUACAUUAUCAGUAACUUAGGGCAAAGUAUAUUACUGGUAUGUUGUAAUCAUUCCAAAAUCAAGUAUUGUAAAUCCAGAAAAUUCAGAGUUAGGCUUAAAAGAAAUCCAAACCAGUUCAGGUAUGGAAAUACAGAUACGGCAUGCAAACUACCUUGAGUUUUCUCUGUAGUGAUACCAUGGGGGAGAAAAAAAAUCUAAUGUGUCUGUAAAAAAAACAAUUUAGCCUAAUCUGAGACCGCAAAGUAAAAUAGUUUAAUCAUAUGGUUAUUGAAUGGUGUCAUUACAGAGCAGAGUUAAGCAGAGCAGUACCCUGUCUCUUUAUUUCAGUACCAUAGUUCUUUAAGUUUAACUCUGAAUUUCCUGGAUUUAUAAUACUUGAUUUUGGAAUAAUCACAACAUCCCUGUAACAUGUAUUACCUUAAAUUAGUGAUAUGUGUUCUCAUCCUUAAUUCAAUGUUUACAUAAUUUUUGCCUGGAAAAAAAUGUAUAUUUUUCAGUGCAGUGACUAACUCUGUUUUAUGUUUAAUACUAACAACACCUGGCACUUAUAAUUUUUUACAUUCUUCAAAGCAUUGUACCUUUAACUGAUGGAUCCUCACAGCACAGAUAUGUAAGUGAUGAUGGGGGAGAUUUUCAAAAUUGUAGUUAGGAAUCUGUGCCUUUUGAAAAUCUCGCCCAACAGCUUUCUUAUCUCAUGAGUUAGAGAGAACAAGCCAUUUGUCCAAAGCCACACAGGGAGCUGGUGUUGGAAGAACCAGGAUUAGAGUGUGGCUGUUGUAGAUUCAUAAUCCAUUGUUCUGUCACUAGAACACAUUGCCUCUCUGAUGCCUUAAUUGGCAAGUAUAAAAGAGUUUCUUGGGUGUGGAAAAUGCAUAAUUUAAGAUUUUCUACACUUUGUGAUAUGUUCUCUAGAAUCCCAAAUCCAUAGUAUAUGACUACAGUCCCCUUCAGGGUUCUUAAACUUAGCUAGCCUGUUUUCUGUCUUUCAACAGUUCUCUCAGGGGCACACCACUGUAGAGCACUAAAUGUCCAAGAGAAUCUAAACUUUAAUUUAAGAAAUAAACAUCUAAUCCUCCUCAUGUCGAUAGCAUUCACAGUGCAACUAAUCAAAGGUUGGCCUUGUUCAGUCUGCCUGCCACAUACCGAAACGAAUUAUCCGCAAGAGAGCUGUGAACUCUCUUUAUUCAUUGUAAUGGGGUGUUACUGCUGAAUAUUAAAUACUAAAACUGUUAACUGGAAGAGUUCUCUUCUUACUGCUUUUUCCUCCAUUGCCUUGCAGACCAAAGCGGUGCCAGCUUGCUUCUCUGUCUUCUGGCUGAAAACAAACGAAUGACGUGAAUAUGUCCAUCCUACUGCGUGUUUUAAUGCCAUUAGUUUGUUUUCAGAGGGAGCUGCUCUUCGUUUCGGUUUAUUCUCUUCCUCUUCCCUGUGCUUCUCCUUAGUCUGCAGGUAAAGAGGAAGCUGUCCCGGACACCUUUUUCAGGGGUAGUUGAGGGUGUGUUUUAUCUAUAUAUAAUUCUUAUGGAAUGGGCAUGAGACAAUCUGAAGGCAGCUACUGGGAAAGAGCACUAAUAUUCCUGAGAGUUGGGAGCCCUUUCCUAUAAGAAGCCAUUUCUCAAAGUCCUCCCAAAGAAGGCUGUAUUACUGACUGCUCCAGAAUGCACAACCAAGGUUUGUUCUCCUUUUCAUUUUAAGCAAUAAAUUGUCCUUCACUGUGCUCCAAACAUUUUACCCCAAAGCAGUGCGCCUGCAUCCCCAUCACAGUGGUUAGAGCUCUCAAGGACUACGUAGCCAGGAGAGCAUUGUUCAGUAAGUCACUUUGUUUGGGACUUAGCAUUUUAAUAAAAGAGCAAAACAUAUUUAAAGCUGCAAUCUCCAGAUAGAUUAAAGAUAGGUGUCAUGAUACAUUUAGAAUGUCCUAUCUCAUGGAUUCAUGUUCAUUCCACAAGACACACAGCAACCUAUCCAUAAAAUACUGCCUGGGCCUUGUUUGUUCUUCAGCUAAGCACUAUGGGAUGUAGACCUGGUGGCUCCCUCAAAUGCUUUCAUUUCACAAGGUCCUGCAAUUUUAAGUUCUUCUAAAAAAUGUAUAACUUCAUACACAGCUACUUUUCCUCUUAUAUUCUCCUUCUUAUUUUACUGUUGCUAAUUCUCAGUAGUUGUCUCCAUAUUGUCACAUGUUCCCAGCAUGAGAAUAGGACAAUUUUGUUUUACUUCUUAAUUGGUCUCCUCAAGCAGACAUCUGCCAAUCUGAAACAUCUAGUCCUUUGUUGUUGUAAUUUGUUGUAAUUGUUCAAUAUUGUUUUCCACCUUUGGAAGUUUUCUGUGUAACUGAAGGCACCUACUUGUCUCUUAAGGGAUGGGAGCCAGGAGGGAAAAAAUACAUAAUUAUGCCUCCAGGAUGUAGGCAGAGAUACAGAGUAUUUGCCACACUAGUGAAAAUUCACUCCAAUGGAAUAUUAGCUAACAGAUAGAACAAAAAUUUCCUAAUUCCAGACCAUAAUACUCCAUAUAAAGUAAAUAAAAGCACCUCUAAAACAAAACUCUGUUUGCUCCCAAAAUAAGUUUGAAUACAGGUGUAAACCUACCUAAAAAAUCAUGCUCUAAGCCCAUUGACUUACCUAUUCAAAACAAGCGGAGAAUAAGUCCAACCUGUUUCUGUUUUGAUGAGAACAUGGCUGCCUCCACGAAGUAAUCUCAGAGCCAUCUAUUGUCAUGGAAAUGUUGACUCUUCCACGCAUAUUUAUUUACUAAAAUUUCUCUGUGAUUUGUAUUUCCUUUUUAAGAGAUACUCGUCAAUUAAAUUCAAUAAAAAGCAUCAGCAUUUUCCUUGAACCUUAGCAGACCAAAAGAAGGCUAGUCUAUUUAGUAAGCAUAAAAAGUCCAUCUUCUGGUUUAGGAAGGUGGACAAUAAAUCCAUGUGAAAAAAUGGCAAUAUGAUUCUGUAUUAUCCUUCAUGUGCAUCUUUCUGAUAUAACACAAACAGUAAUCAGAUUUCUUGUUAAGUCGACAUUUUGACUGAUUUGCAGGCCAGACGGUACAGCACACUUUCGUUCUGCUAACCUAUUUUUGGUCAAACAUAAACGAAAUCUGCUAAGCAAUAACAAAUGUGCUGUACCAUUAUUACUAUGUUUACUUGUUACUUUUUGCCACUAAGAUAUAGGAGAAAACAUAAGCACCUUAUGCCUCCAGGCCUCUCCUCUUCAAAGUUGCCUACAUCAUGUUUCACUUGGAUCUUUCACAAUAAUUUCAUUGCUGAGUUUUUGUCGAAAAAUAGGUAUUUUCUGGCAUCAAAAAACCCUACAGUUUGGAAAGUGUACAAGACUUCACAAUUUCGUUCAAAAAUGGUUGGUUACUUUCCAAGACAUCAGAUCCAGCAACAAGGAAAGACAUACAAACUAAUGAGAAUCUGGAUUUUCCUUUUGUGAGGAGUCUGUUCCGGUCUUUGACAUCAGAGAGUCAAUAAAAAUACACUCCCUCCCACAAUUUUACUCUCAAUUUGGUAGAGUGGAGUUUGACAGCACUUUUAAUAUAUAUUGUAUUUUCAUUGAUUGAGUCCUAAUACUUCAAUAAAUAUCUUUAUUUUGUGAGCUAACGAAGAUGUGCAUCCUCAUCUUCUUUGACAUCUGAUUCUUCCCUCAGCUAUCCCAGUGUAGAUCAGUAGUAACUCCACUGAAUUAGUUACAGUGGUGCAAAAUGACAAGAGAAAAGGUUCCAGGAUUCCCAGCAUGUGGAUAUUGUACAUAUAAGACUUAGUUACUGAAAUGUUCCAAGCACCUGAGAGGCCAUAUAUAUUAAAAAAGAAAGGGUUUGAUACAAUAAUUUAAUCUGUAAACUCCUGUAGUUUAAUCUCUGCUGCCUCCACUUGAUUUUUCAUGUGUUUGAUCCAACCAUUCAGAUUGGUUCAUUUGUGGCCACCUUUGUUUUCAGUCUGUUUUCACUUUAACUAGCCUAAAACUGGCAGGAUAUUUUGUGUAAGAUUCUCAUUGCUUUGGUCUGUCAUUGGAGUCCUUCCUUUCUAGAUGUACAUGAUGGUGCCUAUUGGGGUUCCCAAAUGCUGAAAUGCAUGAUGACAAGAUUUUUUUUUUGUCCCUUGGGCAUAUAUUAUUGCUUUGUUUAUAGUCACUGGUACUUUACUUAGAUAUGGCAAUUUCUAUUUCAUUUCAUUAAGACUGGUCUACACUACAUAGUUGGGUUGUUUUAACUACAUCAGUCAGGGCUGUGAAAAAUAUCAUGCCCUGUACAAUGUAGUUAAGCUGACGUAAGCCCUGGCACAGACACUGGUAGGACAUUGUGUCAACCUAGCUACUGCCUCUUAGAGAGAGGUGGAUUUACUACAGGAAUGGAAAAAAACCCCUCUGUCGCUGUAGAAAGUGUCUAUGCUAUAGCAGGGCAGUUGUGCCACUGUAGUAGUUUUUUAGUAUAGAUGUACCCUUAGACUACGUGAUAUGCUGGAGAGACAAAGGUGGGUGAGGUAAUACUUUUUUUUUUUAUUGGACCAACUUCUGUUGGUGCAAGAGACAAGCUUUCGAGCCACACAGAGCUCUUCAAGUCAAUAAAAUGCAGGAGUAAUUUUGGGUUGCAAGACCAUGGAGCCUCAGGAAGAAGCUUGCUCUCAUCACACUCCCUUGCCCCCAAAAAUGGCCUUUAAAUAUCAGAACUUUAAUAUUAAAAUGUUUAUUUAGCACCUUUCAUCUUGAAGGAUCACAAACCACUUUACAACUAAACACAUGCAUCGCCACUGAAAUGCAUCCAGGGAGACAACUGGCACACAGCUCACUAAAUAAAAUUCAAGAAAGAGGAGUUUUGGUCAGUUACAAGGGCAAAACCCACUAUUCACACAAAAAGGGCAGUGGGAUCUUUAUUGACCAGCUAUAACAGAGAGAAUCCUCAUUCGGUGUUUUGUUUUGUUGUGUUUUAAAGAUCUCAUCUGAGAGAUUGUAGAAGCAGGAUUUAUAAUUGUACGAUAAGAAUAGAGGUACUAAUGUAUAUCUUGAUUUCAUUUUACCAGCUUUUGAAUAGCAGAAAGGAAUGACCCUCUAGGACAUUGGUAGGAAUGCAUCUGACUGACUGCCAGUGUCUGUACUGAUGUUAAGGCAGGGACAGACCAGAACAAUCCUUAUGACUGAUUAUGUUCAUCCUUUUGUUUUAGAAUAGGUUAUUAUGUCUACUAUGGUUUCCUAUAUGUAUUACAAAUUAGGCACUCUAGUUAAAUAUAUAUUUCUUUGUUUUAAGGUUUAGUAAGUAAAAGACAAGAUCUUGUAUUGUGCCUAUGUUAAGGAGUUUCAAAGUAAACUGACACUGUUUGUAUUCUCAAAGGUCUCUGUAAAAAGACUGUUUGUGUGAAUGAGGAAUGUAUGCAUCAGGAAAAGAUAAGGUGUGAACACCAUUGUUAUCGCCAGAUGGUCAAGGAAAAAGGAAUAAAGAGACUUAACAACACCAGAAAAUCAUCAACACGCAUCCAUAAUGAAGGAAGGGCAAAUUGACGACCCUGAGGUGAAGGCUGGCACCCCUAAAGACAGGACAAUUGAUUAAAUCGGAACCAGGACAGGAUAACCCUCUCGGAGGUGUAUUGGAAUGUUUACAUCAAAAGAUACACCAAUUAAGAAAUAACCGGUCACAAACUGACACAGCAAAAUCCAUAGACUUCAACAGAGAAAAAAGACUAUAAGCACAGGGUGCUUGGCCAUGGAACUUUGGGUUCAUCUUGCCACACUCCAGGAGCAUCAGAUCGCAACCAACAGAGCCCUACUCCCCUCUGCGACCAAUCUGGCUGGCCACUAGAUUGAUCCAAACUCUGGACUGGUAACUAUAAACAUCAACUGGCAGGACUCUGUGUGUGAGAGAAAGAGAGAGAGAGAUUGAAAAGCAUAUGCUAACUAUUGUAUUCUCAAUAAGUGCGUCAUGCUGCCUUCUUCCCUAUAAAAUCCGUGUGCUUCUUCGAAUUGUGAAAGGGGGAAGAGUAUAUACGCUGUAAUUAUUGACAAUACUGCUAAGUGAUCGAUCAUUCAGGUGUGCACACCCCCGGUCAUAGAGAUACCGGGCAGUAAAAAGGGAACCAGGUGUGGUUAAUAUUGUAUUCACUGUUGGCAUUUUAUGAAUUGAGAAUUUGUAUAAUUAAGAGGUAUACACACCCUUGGUCGUAGAAGGGCUGAGAGACAGGAGAGAGAUUUAGUAUCUCUUGCUCCACCCCGGACUGCUGGGGGGGAAAUAAUUGGAGGAGGGUGUACCCCUGGUCAUAGAAGUGCCGGGCAAUAGGGAGAGGAUUAGAGUCCUCGCUUCGACCCGUCUGUCGGGGAAAAACUAGAAAAACGAUAGGUGCAUACACCCUCGGCCGUAGCAUGACUGAGCAUAAGAGGAGAACUUAGGGUUUCUUGCUCUGCCCCUGGGAGGGGUUUUUAUAUUUGGUGUAUGAACCCUCGGUGGUAGAAGGCCGAGCAAUACCGAGGGGGACUUAGUAUUUCUCCCUUUGGCUCAGAGUGGGCUAAAAUCAUAAGUCCCGGCACUGGCAUGGGCAACAGGGUGAAGAAAGGAACUUGUAAGCCCCGGCACUGGCACGGGCAAACAUAAGAUCUUAAUUUUACACAGAUCUUGCUCUGUUAAAUCAAACUCUGAAGGAUAUAGAUGUUUGGGCAGUGUAGUAUUUUUUGAGAGUGAUAUUGUGGUGAUUUCACAAUUUUGAAAGAAAUGUUUAAUAAAAGGGACCAGGAGUGGUGGGGGCUAGUUGAGAAGCCCACCCUCCUUGCUAAAUUGGUAGUGGAACAAAGCCUGUGCCCAUGGAAAGGGAUGGUUCAACGAG